GAUAAAUUGUGUGUGGUACAAUUGGCGAAGUCGCGCACGAAACUGUCUCUUGUCGCUUCCUGUGAGGGACGGUCGACAGUCUGAGCUGAAAGUCCUCGAGCACAGCCGUUAAAUCACAUCCACCGACAGCAGAACGGGGGAAUAAACACCGGGGAGUUAACAUGUCUGGAAAUAAAGACAGUGACGGCGGAUGGAGGAAAUUUCUGUGGAAUUCAGAGAAGAGGGAGUUUCUAGGACGAACAGGGGGCAGUUGGUUUAAAAUCUUCCUGUUCUAUGUGAUAUUCUAUGGAUGCUUGGCUGGGAUUUUCAUCGGGACCAUUCAGGCGUUGUUGCUUACGCUAAGUAACUACAAACCCACCUAUCAGGACAGAGUCGCUCCCCCAGGUCUAUCACACACCCCACGCUCAGACAAAUCUGAAAUUUCUUUCAAUAAGUCUGACGAGGCUUCGUUUAAGAAGUACAUCGACAGUGUCCAUGAAUUCCUUCAACUUUAUGAUGAUGAUCGUCAGAUUGAUCAGAACAAAUAUGAAAACUGUGGAGACACUCCUCAGCCUUACAAGGACCGUGGGGAUACUUCUGGAGGACAGAAGACUGCCUGCCGUUUCCUCAGGUCUUGGCUUGGCAGCUGCUCUGGGGUGAAUGAUCCCUCCUUUGGCUUUAAGGAGGGAAAGCCCUGCAUUGUUGUCAAGCUCAACAGGAUUGUCAACUUCAAACCAAGGGCUCCUCUUAAUCAGUCACUCCCAGAAGCUCUGAAGGGCAAAGACGUGUCCAACCUGAUCCCCAUCCACUGCAAGAACAAGAGAGAGGAGGACGAGGGCAAGAUUGGAGACAUCAAGUACCAUGGACUGGACAGAGGCUUUCCCCUGCAGUACUACCCAUACUACGGCAAACUGCUGCAGCCCCAGUACCUGCAGCCUCUGGUGGCCAUUCAGUUUACCAACAUCACUCUGAAUCAGGAGGUCCGCAUCGAGUGCAGAGUGUUCGGAGAAAACAUUGACUACAGCGAGAAAGACCGCUACCAAGGACGUUUCGAUGUUAAGCUCACAAUCAAGUCAUGACCUCAGCCAUGACGAGCACUCUCAUUUUAAAUACAAAUAAAAUGUAGAGAGAAUUAAAGAGUUCAGAUAAACACCACUAGUCUUUGAACAUUCAUAAUAUACAGGACCUACACUUAAUCUGUGUGCUUUACACUAGCUUUUCUGUGUGUUUGUCGAGGGUUAGAAUGUAAAAUACAAGAGUAGCAAUAGCAAAUAUUUAUUCUACUGUAAAUGAAAAUAUUCCUUGAGCCAUGGGAUGUGUUCAUCUAUUACUGUAAAACCGCAAUUCCACUACUGACGUGUAGCGAGCUGUGUUUCUGUCCCCAAAGUGUUUCAUCCUAAUGUGGUUUCUAUAUAUUUUUGGAGUGUCCAGUGCUGUAGUCUAGUCCUGUUGUAAUCUCUUUUGUCUUAUGUCAGCUUUAGUGGUCCAAGGUGUGUGUGUGUGUAUGCGCUAGUGUCUGUUUGCAGGUGUGUUAGUUUAUGUGUGUGUGUGGAGUGUGCGUUAAUGUUCUCUGAUUAACGGAAUUACUAGCAUGGUACUCUGAACCUUUAAGGCCCAUGUGUGAGUAAAUGACUGCGCUCCAUGGAAUCUGUUUUUUUUGUGUGUUUCUUUAUCCAAGUUGUUGAAGUUCACUUUGGAAGGAAACAUUUGUACACCUUUUCUUUGUUGUUCACCUUAGCUGUAGGAUAUAGUUUGAUGACAUUUCUGUUUGAUACUCUUACAUCUGUUCAUUCUUAAUUCAUAGUGUAGAGCUUUGUGGGUCCAGCCUAGAAGACUGUCACCUCCAUGAAAACAGUGGCAACUCAGUGCUUUGAAAUCUGUUUUGCUGGAGACAUCACACGACGUGAUGCAACUUACUAUUGAAUGUUUUAGCCAUUUUCAUGGUGGAAGAAUUUUAUAUUUAUGCAGUUGUACAUUUUUUUCAAAGUGUAAUGUAUGAAUCCAAAACCAAAGUCGCUGGUCAAAGAGUUAGAAAAUAUCAGAGGCAAUGCAGUAUCCCGUGUAAUACGAUGUUUAGUUGGUGUGAAAAUACUUAAUUCAGUGUUGAAGAUCAAAACACUUGUCAGGAGUCUGCUCUUGUCACUUUAUUUAAUCUGCAUAAGGCUGAAACAAUAAACAGAAAAAUGAGA